AUGAGCGGCCCUGCAUAUCGUCUGCUUCCACUCCAUUCCCAAAUCCCAAGAGAAGACCAACACAAGGUUUUUGAGCCAGUACCUGAAGGUGUUACAAAGAUCAUUCUGUCCACCAACAUUGCUGAGACCAGUAUCACAAUCAAUGAUGUUGUUUAUGUCAUUGACUCUUGCAAAGCCAAAAUGAAGCUGUUUACAUCCCAUAAUAACAUGACCAACUAUGCCACUGUGUGGGCCUCCAAGACAAACCUAGAACAAAGGAGGGGGAGGGCAGGACGUGUAAGACCAGGGUUCUGCUUCCACUUGUGUAGUAGAGCCAGAUAUGAAAGAUUAGAACAGCACACUACCCCUGAGAUUUUCCGUACACCACUUCAUGAAUUGGCACUGAGCAUCAAGUUACUGAGGCUUGGAGAGAUUGGUCCUUUCUUGGCCAAAGCUGUGGAACCGCCACCUAUUGAUGCAGUCAUUGAAGCUGAAGCCUUACUGAAAGAGAUGGGUGCCUUGGACAGGAACAAUGAGUUGACCCCUCUUGGGAGAAUCCUGGCCAAGUUGCCAAUAGAGCCCAGACUGGGAAAGAUGAUCAUUUAUGGCUGUAUCUUUUAG